AGCAGAGGCUCAUCUUUGCAGGCAAACAGCUGGAAGGUGGCUGCACUCUUUCUGAUUACAACAUCCAGAAAGAGUCUAGCCUGCACCUGGUCCUCCAUCUGAGGGGUGGUAUGCAGAUCUUCGUGAAGACCCUGACCGGCAAGACCAUCACCCUGGAGGUGGAGUACAGUGACACCAUCGAGAAUGUGAAGGCCAAGAUCCAGGAUAAGGAAGGCAUCCCCCGUGACCAGCAGAGGCUUAUCUUUGCAGGCAAACAGCUGGAAGAUGGCUGCACUCUUUCUGAUUACAACAUCCAGAAAGAGUCAACACUGCACCUGGUCCUCCGUCUGAGGGGUGGCUGUUAAUUAUUCAGUCUUGCAUUCAUGAUGCCCAAUGAUGGCAUCACUCUGCACUCUAGCCAUU